UUAGAGUCAGACAAGAAGAAGAAGUUUAACGGCUUCACAUUGACAGCGUGUGUGUGUUUCACUCACAGAGACAGAGCCAGAGCGUGAGAAUAGCUCCGUUAUAAUCUGUUAAAACUCGCCAUGUGGAUACUGAGCUCCAGGCUGGUUAAAGCGCGCGCGCUAGCCGUUAUAGCGCAGCGCUCGUGCAGCAGCAGUAAGAGGCCGGUGGUGUUCAUGGAGUUCGCGGCGGACACUGAACCUCUGGGUAGAGUCACCUUCCAGCUGGACUCAGACAUCGUCCCAAAAACAGCAGAGAAUUUCCGAGCUCUAUGUACAGGAGAACACGGUUUUGGAUACAAAGGCUCCAUCUUCCACAGAGUCAUACCACAGUUCAUGUGUCAGGGUGGUGAUUUCACCCAUCAUAACGGUACAGGAGGGAAGUCAAUCUACGGUGCGAGGUUUCCUGAUGAGAACUUCACGCUGAAACACACAGGACCAGGUAUUCUGUCUAUGGCUAACGCGGGACCAAACACCAACGGCUCCCAGUUCUUCAUCUGCACUGUAAAAACUGAAUGGUUGGACGGGAGGCACGUGGUGUUCGGCAGUGUGAAGGAGGGGUUGGAGGUGGUGAAGAAGGUGGAAGCGUUCGGCUCGCGCUCUGGGAAAACCUCCAAGAGGAUCAUCAUCACUGACUGUGGAGAAAUCAAAUAACACACACACACGACAUGAUGGUCUGAAGUUCAGUGUUUCCUAAAGAACAUUAGCAUCAGGCCUCACUCCAAUACAGAUACAAUACAACACACCCUUCUUCACUUCCUCUUCCUAUAAGCCCUUCUCUCUGCCCCCUCUCGCUUUCUGCCCCCCCCGCCCCCUCUCUCUCUUUCUGCCCCCCAUCCCCCCCCCCCCCCGCCCCCCCUCUCUCUUUCUGCCCCCUCUCUUCUGUUCUGUAGACUUUUCUCCUUAUAGAUGACUGACCUGUUCAUGGGCUUUAUUCUGCCAAACAACGCUAGCUAGCUAACGUUAAAGAACACCUCACAAAUAAUACCAGCUAGCUAACAGAUUUGGGGGUGGUUAUAUCCUCUCUAGCCAGUUUUCUUACUAAUUUAAACAAAACAUUCCCAGAAUAAAACAACCUGGCUAGCUUUAGAGAAUGCUAAAGCUAAACGGAGUUAGCUAGCUAGCGUGAACACCCCCUGAGGUUAUGUGAGCUGUUAAAACUCAGGGUAGCGUCUAGCGUUAAGAGCAAUAAAGCGGUAAUGAAGCCUGUGAUCUGAAUCUGAGCCGAAUCCUGAUCAAAUCAAUCUGGACUAAACCUGGGUGAGUGAAGCGGUCAGCUCCACACUCCCCACAGUAAUGUGAACGCCGUAUAUCUGUGUUAUGUUUUCCUGAAGCCGAUCCUCAGGGACUCACCUGUCUCAGCUCCUCACACACCUGGCCUGGUGGGCGGAGCCCUGAGUGAGAGGGAGUUCAAUAAAAGAUUAAUUUGAAUCAAAAAGAAUCAUUUGAGUGUACAGGUGUGUGAAUGAUAUGUGACUGAAACAUUUCACUGUGUUUGUGUGUUUAUUGUGUAACGGAGUGGGGAGUGUCAGAGGUCAGUGUGGAGUUCCAUCUGGACCGUGUUCUGCUGGAGCUGGACUUUAACUCAGCAAUAAAAAGCUAACAAACUCCUGAGCUGUAGAUUCAUUCAGUUUAGUUUCAAUAAUUGCCUAAAGAAUAAAGAGAGUCGCCUUGGUCAA